CUGAAUUUUAAACUACAAUUUGUUUAUAGUUUUAAUAUAAUUCAACCCUUAUGAAUAUUUGAAUAAGUGUUGAAUUAUAUUAGGAUAUAAGUUAGAAGGAUUAUAUUAAAUUUGUUUUGCUAUCUUAAAAAUAUAUAUUUUCAGUUGUAAACACUAGAAGUAUUAUGAAUCAUAGAUAUUAUUAAAUUAUUUUCCUUAUAUUUAGAGGUGGUAUCAAAUUGUGUAAAUCUUCAUUGAUUAUAUUAUAUGAUAUGAUAAGUGUUAUUAAUUAUAAUUCUGUAUUAUAAUAAAAAAAAAAGUUUCAUGGUAUACAAUAAAACAAAAUAUCUGAAAUUAUAUAUGCUAUUCAAACUUCAUCCUUGAUUCUUUCUUAAAUUUUAUAAGGUGCAAUAUUAAAUUACUUAGAUAAUGAGAAGAAUCAGGUAAUAUAUUGUGUGUGUUUAUUUCCAUCCCUAUUCAUUUCAUUUUAUUAUUUAUUAUAUGUAUUCUUUUUGACAUGAAUUAAUGGAAUCCAUCCAGGAUUAACCAGUUAACCAUUGUUAUGUUUGUUUAAAUAUGCAUUAAUGCAUUGACUCAAAUGUUUUAAGAUCCAUGGGCAGAACUAAGCUUGAAAACCUAAGAUUUGAAUUACAAUUUGAUCUUGUCAUGGCAUUCUUUAUUAUCCACUAAGAUGAGCCAUCUACAAACCUAUCCGCAGGUGGGAAUUAUUUAUUUAAACUUUGAUACAUUACAAUAAAAACAAAUAACAUAAAUUAAUAGGGAUGUAACAGCCGGUAAUAUAGCGAAACAAUCUCUUCCAGGCAAAACUUUUAAGGAGAAGUUGCAAGUAACAAUGAAAAUUAUUAAAUUUCCAAUUUUUUUAAAAUAAAAUAUAAACAAAACAAACUAUAUCACUAGUGUAUUUGCCAUUAUAAGUACUGCUUAAUUAUCAACAUCAUAGGCAUAGAAAAACAAGGAAAAUCAUAUCUCUAUCUAUCUCAUAGCUGAUUACGCUUUUAAUAUAUAUAUUAGGUAAAUAUAUAUCUAAUAAUCAGUUUUCUUGGUAAGUCAUAUUGAAAACCACUAGAAAUGAGUUUCGUUGAGAAAGUUGUUCUUGUAAUUGGUGCAAGUUCGGGUAUUGGUGCCUCAACAGCUAUAGAGUUUACAAAAGAAGGUGCUUCCGUUGUGAUAGUAGGCCGAAAGGAAGAUAAACUCCAAACUGUCGCAGCAGAAUGUAAAAAGAAUGGUCAAGAUCCACUCGUUAUCAAGGCAGAUGUAUCAAUCGAUGAUGACGUAACUAGGAUAGUCCAAGAAACAAUUGAUAAAUACGGUAAAAUUGAUAUUCUUGUAAAUAAUGCUGGUAUCGUCCGAUUUGGGUCUAUUUUAAAGGGAAACUUAAUGAACGCGUUUGAUGAGGUUAUUAAUACUAAUCUUAGAGGCAUCAUGAAAGUUACAACCCUCGUUGCUCCGCAUAUUAUAAAGACAAAAGGAAACAUCGUUAACAUAUCAAGUGUUGCUGGACAAGCUGUGCCAAAAAAUCUUUUAUUUACAUCCUAUGCAAUCAGUAAAGCGGGCUUAGAUAUCUUUACAAAAGCAGCUGCGGUAGAAUUAGCACCUCACGGUGUGAGAGUCAACGCCAUCAGUCCUGGACCAGUGUACACAGAUAUUUUGAAAAACGCGGGGCUCAAAUCGGAUAAGGAAACAUCAAAGCCAUUUGAUCAAAUUAAAACGGCUUUAAAUAGAGUAUCUACCCCGGAGGAAGUAGCUGACAUGAUAAUUUAUUUAUCGGGUGAUAAAUGUAUCGGAGUGACGGGAUCAAACUUCGUACUGGAUAAUGGGACGUUACUUACAUAAAAUGUAAUCUUUUUAGCUUAAUGUAAGCUCUUAUGUAAUAUAUUAUAUUAUUUGA